CCUCACCAAACGCCACGUCCUGCGAUCGGCGCGAGAUAAGGGGAGGUCGGCCGCGGUCAGCUGGCGGAAUCCGACUACCCGCUUCCGCUUGGGGUCAGGAAUUCGCUUCUCCUUUCCCACUUCGCGCUUGUUCUCUACUACUACGACGACCAAGCAAGAGAUGUCGGUGUUCAACACGUCCCGCCUACACGGCAAGACCGUCAUCGUUACGGGUGCUAGCGCGGGGAUCGGCGCGGCGACGGCCAUCCUCUUCGCCAAGGCUGGCUCUAACGUGAUCCUGGUGGCGCGUCGUGAGGAUGCGCUCAAGAAGAUCCAGGACGAGUGUGUCGCCGCGCACCAGGAGGCGGGCGUGUCUGCUGGCGGCAAGUUCGCCAGCGUCAAGCUCGAUGUCUCGGACCGCAGCCAGAUUGCGCAGUUCUGGGACAAGGUCCCCUCCGAGCUCCGUGACGUUGACAUCCUUGUCAACAACGCUGGCUUCGUCCUCGGUGUCGAGAAGGUCGGCGAGAUCGCAGAGUCGGACAUUGAGAGCAUGUUCUCCACAAACGUCUUCGGCCUCAUCGCGAUGACCCAGCUCCUUGUGAACCACUUUAAGCAGAAGAACUCGGGUCAUAUUAUCAACCUUGGAUCUGUCGCCGGCCGUGAGCCAUACGCUGGCGGUUCUAUCUAUACCGCCACGAAGCACGCUGUGCACGCUUUCACGGCCUCCAUGAUGAGGGAACUCGUCAGCACUCCGAUUCGUACGACCGAAAUUCAGCCUGGCAUGGUUGAGACGGAGUUCUCCAUCAUCCGCUACCGAGGGGACAAGAGCGCAGCAGACAAGGUGUAUGAGGGUCUCCAGCCGCUUACAGGCAUUGAUAUUGCCGAGGAGAUUGUUUGGGCAGCAGCUCGUCCGCCGCACGUCAACAUCGCAGAGGUCUUCGUCCUGCCGGUCAACCAGGCCAGCGCGACGAUCAACUACCGCCCUGGUCUUCAGAAGUAGACCCUCAACGUAGUGUAGGACUAGCAAUGUAACAACCUAUGGAAAGUCCAACCGUGA